AUGGCUUCACCACUCUUGAUUGAUCCAGCGGUUAAUAUAGAAGAAGAGAAGAUGCCAGCUUAUGAGAAGGGCCUCUUUUACCCUGUGAAACUUGGAGAAAAAGAGAGGCAAGUCCACGGGUUGCUGCAGAUGAAGAAAUCCAAGCCAUCCAUGGGUGGCUUGCGUGUCUUGUCUGAGGAUUCCCAAGCCUUCCUGGCAGCGAUGCCACAUACCAUUCGUUGA